UCGUCGUCGUUGUCUUCGUUCCGCCGUAUUUCAGUAUUUCCGCCAUCCGACAAAUCCGUGGUGCACCGCGUCCGCUGCUCGUCACGCAAUCGGUGAACGGGUGUACAGUGUACGCCUUGCGCCGAUGCGAUCUUUUACCGAACAUAUCGCGUCGUGUGUUUUCAGUUUUGGCGUAGUCAAGCCCGCUUCCGUCUUCAAGUCCGGAUUACUUUUGAGCGCGUGAAACCAGCGUUUUUUUCGUCCGGCGCCGUAAUCGUCACGUGGUCUGUGUCCGAGCGUGCGACCGAUCGGCGUGUCUCGCUGACGACCGUGUAACUGUUCAACGCUGUCAUGUGUCCAACGGCUUGGUCUGGUACACCAUGGAGGAUUCCACCGCCUCGUACGACACUAUAGGUGGUUCUCGUAGUACCCAUAAGUAAUUAUUUCGUGAUAUUGUGCUGUUGUACGCGUAUCGUGUCGUUUUGACGUGCUGUCGGUCGGGACACGGAGUCGUCGCCCCGCUGAUCCGUCGUGUUACCAACGCCAGUCAACAUCGCGAUAACCGGCGUGUUAUCGUUCAGCUCUUAUCACGGUCGUAUCUGCAUUAUUGUUACCUAAAUUGUAUUUGUGCGGCCCGUGACCUAAUUAUGGGCGUAAUUAUUGUAAUUUUUAUCGAUACUGUGUAAACGUAAAUUUUCUUCCCGUCAUUUUUUUUUUUUUAUGAGUAUUAUUAUUAAUCAUUGUCGUUGUUGAGACGUCCGCCUCUGAUUGGUACUUUGAAUAAUUUUUAUAAUUCUUGAAAACAUCCCGUAGACUGAUUCUAAUACCAAACAUUAUUGUUAUAUUAUUACCCUACUUGAAAGUACGAGUCAUCUGUGCUAACUGUUUACGAAGAGCCUCAUCAGCGAACAACAAUAAUACUGAUAAUAUAGGUACUGUAAUAGUUAAAAUAACUAGUACAAUAAUACAAAUAAUAAUGACAUCUUGACUAAAGAAGUGUAAGAAUUACAUACGUGUUAAAAAUGUUACGGAACAAACACAUACAUACACUUAGUAAAACGGUCUUUAUCGUGGCCAUUAAAAGAUCCCAGUUUAAAAAAAAAGACAAGACUAAGGAAUCCGUACCAACGCAUACAAAAUGCAGGCAGUUUGAUGCAAUUUUCGACAAUCAAAUUGGGUUCUGGGGAAUCAUGGGGAUUACUCGGUCCGACAAUUGGGUAUACAUACAUUGUGCGAAAUUGGUCUAGAUCAGCAGUGUUAUUUCAUCUUCUAAAUUGUUAAUACUUACAACUGAACAAUACGAAGACGAAGACGAAAAUAUAGAAGAAAAUACGGUGAAUGCCUCGUAUUCAAUUUGUCUCAGUAAGAGCCAUGAAAGGUAAAGUCAUGAAAAAAAAAGCCACUAACAUUAGAAUCAACCAAUUGAUCAGAGAACAGUGAAUGGAAACACAUAACAUAAAUAUAUAUUCGGUUUUAAAAACAUAAAAAUAUCACAGACAUUAGAAUAUGCAACAAAUAAACUAGAACAGUACGGACCGCCACCAAAAAACAUAAAGAUUACCGAUAAUGACUGAAAUAUGAAACUGAUAAAUCGAUUCGGCAGUAACAUACAAAUAUGUACAAAAUCGGUGUAGAACAGCCGUGUUAUUUCAUAUUUUAAAUUGUUAAUACCCAAAACUGAACAAUACGAAGACUGAUGACAUACAUUAACGUCGCCAAUGAUUGCCGGGAACUAAACGACGAUGACGAUAAUCAAUCUAGAGUGAAUCAUCACUAAAGCUAGAAGCGCCGAAAAGCGGGAAGACGACCAGGACGCGUUCUGACUGAUACGCGAUACCGGGUGUCGAAUCAUCGCAGCCGUGUCGGAACGAAAACAACAGCCAUAGACCUUAUAUAAGGUCUAUGACAACAGCCGAAAGUAUUCGAGGUAACGAACGCUUUGCCAAUUGCAGAUAAGACGUGUGCAACAACGGUGCACUCAAAAGAGCCUUUACAGGGCUUCCAGCCUUUAUCCCCCCUACCCCCGUCCAUCGAUCACUUAAUCGAGUGUCGCCGUUUUCCGGGCACAAUUCGUUAUUACGAUCGCCGCUUUUACGAGUCAACGCGCCGGUGGUGGUUGACUCUAUGCCACAACCUGUGUAUGCGAACAAUUCUUCCAUUUUUGAACACAGAAGCACGAACACACCUGGCCGACGCAUUGACAAUGCUGAUCCCUCACCCAAUAUCUUAAAAUGUUAGACGUGUUGACGCAGUCUUGGGUGAUAAAGCUGAACUUCCGUGUAACGUUCAAACUAUCAAGAAUUCAACAGAAUCGCCGAUUUUAAUAAUUUGGUAUAGAGGACAAGACUAUCCUAUCUAUAGUGUGGAUCAUCGGGAACACAAGACAAUUAAACAUUGGUCGGAUCAUUCUAUGGAAGACAGAAUCUAUUACACAGAAAACAAAGGAUUUGCUGUUUUAAUAAUUGAGGACAUCCGUACAACUGAUGGGGGUCAAUACAGGUGCCGAGAGGAUUUCAAGUAUUCUCCGACACGCAACAAUUUCAUUUUACUCGAUAUUAUCAUACCGCCAAGCAGACUGGAAAUUUUAGACAGUCAGAAUAACGUCGCUCAGAAUUCCACAUUGCCACCUGUCAUGGAAAACGGAACAUUGGAAAUCACAUGUAAAGCUUACGAUGGAAAUCCUUUACCGCGCUUAAUGUGGAAUAUACGAGGAGAAAAUAUAGACAGUUCAUCCGACAUUAGGAUGGAUGAUAAUACAGUGAUCAAUAUAUUACGAAUUGAUCACGUUCAUCGAAAAAAUCUCGGUAGAAAACUCAUUUGCGAAGCGUCCAACGUGCCAAAUACCAUUCAAUUAUCUACGUCAGUUAUUAUGAAUGUUUAUCUGAAGCCAUUAAGCGUAGCUAUCACAGGAGCUGAACACCCCUUUCUCUCUGGAGAACCAAGUAAUCUCGAUUGCAUUUCAUAUGGUUCGAGACCAGCAGCUAAUAUCACAUGGUACCACAAUGGACAGGUCAUCGAGUAUGAAACAAAAAGGAUAAAGGUGAUGGGAAAUAAUAAUAUGACAUGGAGUACUUUAAAAUUAGUACCAACUGAUGACGAUAAUCAAAGCGUUAUAUCCUGUGUGGCAAGCAACAUAUAUUUUCCAGAUGAUUCAAAAGAACAACAGAUAAUACUUAAUGUUCAUUAUCCUCCAAGGCUACAAAUAUGUUUAGGCAGGAACCUAAAUGUUUCUAACAUUAAAGAAGGAUCAGAUGUGUAUUUCGAAUGUACUAUCAACGCCUCUCCGAAAAUAACCAGACUUGAUUGGGAUCAUAAUGGAUCUAGUGUUGGACAGCACGAAAGUCGAAAGACGAUUGUGAGUAAUCAAACAUUAGUUUUACAAUCAAUAACACGUAAAGGUUCUGGAAGUUAUCGGUGCAUAGCCUCAAAUGCCAGAGGAAAAUCGAUAAGUGAUGCUUAUCACCUUGACGUUAAAUACGAACCAUCUUGUAAAACCGAUCAACAACGCAUAUAUGGUGCACACAAAGGAGAAACUGCAUGGGUCAAGUGUGACGUCAACAGCAAUCCUAUUCCUACUUCGUUUCGUUGGGCUUUCAACAACUCCGUAUCUGGUUUGAUUAACGUAGCGAAUUCAGAUAAAAGUAUGGCCAUCAUUAAGUUCAAAGUAUCAGAUUUCGGUACACUCCUGUGCUGGGCAACCAACUCUUUAGCGACUCAAUCACAACCUUGUGUUUAUCACAUUGUUCCAGCAGGUAGGCCAGAUCCACCUAGAAAUUGUUUGCCAGUAAACGUGACGAGUACUCGGUUCACAAUUCGAUGUGAACCCGGAUACGGUGGUGGACUUCCGCAGUAUUUUGCAUGCACAGUUGCCACGAUCGAUCGACCAGAUGUGGUCGAAGCCAGUUACGUUGGUCAAACCGGUCAUGUGGCUAUCAAAAUUACCGGAUUGCGACCGUCCACCCGAUACGUGACCACAGUGUACGCAAGCAACGCAAAAGGCUCAAGUAUGGGUCAUGUUCGCGUUUACGUCGAAACAGCUCCUAAUCCCAAGGACCCACAUGUAGCUGGAGAUUCCACCAGCACUGCUACACGGUUUUCCGAAGCCGCACACAUAGGUAUCUUUUUGCUUGGAUGCUGCUUCGUGGGAGUGUGUGCAAUGGCAGUAGUCUAUGCCAAACGGUUGGCGGCCAACGUCCGCGGACGAUCAGUAUUCCGGGAACGGCAAACUGUCAUGAUUCAAAACGGCGAAGAAAUUCAAUUUACAGGGUCCAAGAGUGUCGAAGAACGUCCAGUUGUCACAAGUUAGUGGAAAUAAUGAAAGGGAAAAACAGGUCCCUCGCCGUAGUCGUGAAAUAUUCAAUUUAAAAAUAAAACUAUCACUCGGGAACCCUCAACAAUAGAUUAUGUUGACCUGAAUUGAUUUUUUUAUAUAUAUACGCAGACAGUUUUAAAUUUUGAACACGUUGCUGGAUACUAAUUUAACACUGUCAAGUGUAUAGUUUCUGGGUUAAAUGAUACUAUAUGUACACGGCUGAAACAAUCUCAGCAGAAUAUAUCAUAUUAUACUUUAAUAACUAUCUAAUAUCAUAUUAUAAAGGAUAAAAUUGAAAAAUUUGGAC